UAACCUGGAAUUAAUUUUAAUCUAAGGGGAUAAAUAGAAAGUUCCUAAGCUCCUGGGGAACUCAAAUACACAAAAAUGGUGAUUAAAAGCCCCAUCAAGCCGAAUGUUCGGAUACUAUUGUUGGGUGACCGGGGAGUUGGCAAGACAUCUAUUAUUUUAUCGCUUGUCAGUGAAGAGUUCCCUGAAAAUGUUCCCACAAGAGCAGAGGAAAUAACAAUACCUGCUGAUGUUACGCCAGAACAAGUCCCCACAAAUAUUGUUGAUUAUUCUGCCGUAGAUCAAGCUGAAGAUGUCUUAAAUAUUCUGAUCAAAGGAGCUAGCGUCGUGUGUGUAGUUUAUGCAGUAGAUAAUGAGGAUUCCAUUGAUAGAAUAUCUACAUAUUGGUUACCUUUAAUCAAAGAAAAUUCUGUAGAGAAAUGUUGUCCUGUAGUGUUAGUUGGGAACAAAAUCGAUUUGGUCGAUUUUUCCACUAUAGAUGGUAUUUUACCGAUUAUGGAAGAUUUUCCAGAAAUAGAAACUUGUAUAGAAUGUUCGGCAAAAACAUUAAAAAAUAUAUCUGAACUUUUUUAUUAUGCUCAGAAAGCUGUCCUUCAUCCUACAUCUCCAAUUUAUUCAGUUGAAGAUACCGAUCUGACAGAAACUUGUAAGCAGGCCCUUUCAAGAAUUUUUAAAAUAUGUGACAUGGAUUGCGAUGGAUUAUUAAACGAUACUGAAUUGAAUAACUUCCAAAGUCGCUGUUUCAAUGCUCCUCUACAGCCUCAAGUAUUAGAUGACGUUAAAUCAGUUCUGAGAAAGAAUUUGGACGAUGGGGUACAGAAUAAUUGUGUUACAUUUAAGGGAUUUCUAUACUUGCAUACUUUAUUUAUUCAAAGAGGUAGAAAUGAGACAACUUGGGCUGUCUUGAGGAAAUUUGGUUAUAAUGAGCAAUUACAAAUAUCAAAGGAAUAUUUACAUCCUAGUUUGCGAGUACCAUCUGGUUGUACGACAGAAUUGUCUCAUCGAGGGCAGCACUUUUUAACUCAUCUAUUCGAAAGGUUCGAUAAAGACAAAGACAUGUCUUUAUCUCCAACAGAGCUGGAGGAAAUGUUUUCGACUUGUCCAACACCGGCAUGGCCACCAGAUGUCAGCAGUUUAGUUCCAACCAAUGAGAAAGGUUGGAUCACUUAUCAAGGUUACAUAUGUCAGUGGGCUUUAAUAACCCUCUUGGAUCUUCCAAAAACUUUUGAAUAUUUAGCCUAUUUGGGCUACAAUAUCUACGAGAAUGACAGCCAAGUGACAGCAGUACAAGUAACAAGAGAAAGAAAAGUAGACCUUGCCAAAAAACAAUCAACUAGAAAUGUGUAUAGAUGCCAUGUUAUUGGAGCAAAUGGAUCUGGAAAAUCAACAUUUUGCAGGAACUUUAUAAAAUCAAGCAAAGAGAAAUAUCGAAAAUUUGACAAACGGGACACUCCAGAAUAUGUAACGAACAUUCUGCAAGUUUACGGUCAGGAUAAGUUUCUAGUUUUGAGGGAUAUAACCGUUGUGAAUAUGUCUGAUCCCCUGCAACCUGACGAGGUACGAUGUGACGUUGCAUGUCUCGUAUACGAUGUCAGCCACCCAAAGUCAUUUGAGUAUAUAGCAAGAAUAUAUAUUAAAUACUUUGCGGAAAGCAAGAUUCCUGUUCUUGUGGUUGGAUGUAAGAACGACUUGGAAACGGUGAAGCAGGAAUACAUGUUGCAACCUACUUCGUUUUGCGAGAAAUACAAGUUACCUCCGCCCCAAAAUUUCACCAGUAAGGUCCCCAAUAGAGAUAUUUAUACGAAAUUAGCCACAAUGGCUUGCUUCCCUCCUUUACGUCGUAUGGUGCAUAUGCUAUUGUUGAGGCAACAGCCAACAGAGUGGUUAAAUCUAUUUUGCAGGAACAUUCGAGAAUCUAUUGGAACUAUGCCUGCGGAUAUGCCAGUUUGGUUCAAGACUGGAUUGAGUUUGGCAGCGAUUACAGUCUUCGGAUUUAUUGUUGUCAGGGUUAUAAAUACUCCAAAAAUAAGUUAAACCCAUACAUGAUUUUGAGACUGUAAUCACUUUCAUCCUAGUGUCCCAAUGUAAAUAGCUUUAAAAUUCCCGAAUUUAUGGUGUAGAAAUCAACCCUAAAUAAAUUUUUAUUAUGAGAA